AUGAGGUGUCUGUCGCUGGGAAUUGUUACAAUAUGCAUUGCUGCCAUCUUUGUAGAUUCUCUGGCUGUUCAAACACCCCUUCAUGCACCUAUUUUAAUUCAAUCGCCAUGUCCAACAUUAGUAGAAUCACCAAUUACUAAUGAACAGUAUCAACACCAAGACCAUGCUUUCGAGUCUAAUACUGGUAGACACACCCAUAUUAGCAAUAUAUCGCCACCAGGAUAUAUACAAGCAAAUCAAAAGCACAGGAAUGGUGUACUGCCAUCGCCAGACCAUUCGGCUACAGAUUUUUCAUUUGUUGGUCUAGGAAAGCGAGCAACAGACCAGUCGCAUGAUGCACCAGUCUCGACUGUCCAACUAUCCGAUGCCUUGUCUGAUGAUGCACCACAGCCAAAACAACCUCAAGAUCAAGUUUCUACUGGCAUAGAAACAUCGAAUUUGACCAGUACUAAUCCCACUGGCGAUGCAGUAGUCGCUAUUGGAGAUAAACUGUCUGCUGGAAACACUGCUUUUUUAAAUGACCAUAAAAACGUUGUGUUCGUUUUUCAGAUUGUGGGUGCUGUUUUGGGAGCCUGUUUGGUUGGCAUGGUGGCCGUCAGCGUCGUCAUGGCAAAUCAACCUCGUACUCUGGCUGUUUCAGACAAACAGAAUGAUAGUGUCGAUGAUGUUGAGCAUCCCGUGAGUUUUGAUAUGCAGCACUUCAUCCCAGUCAGCUCCCGCUUGGACAUGUCAUCUGGGAUGCUUGGCCGUGAAGAUGACAGCACUCCCACCAAUGCUGCCAUGUUCUCCACCACGCCUUCUGAUAUAUCGACUGUCCGCCGUCGUUCACUUGUCGAGUCUGUCUGCACUAUAGAGCCAUUGAGCAUGGCAAUGUCAACCUCUUUUGCAGACACAGAGAUUGAGUUUGAUCUGUUCCAGCGUCCUCGUUUCAACUCACAGAGUUCGUCGUUUUCUACACGAUCAGCAACUAUCCCUAUAGUCAUGCCUAUACCAACUCGGCCUGGUGCUUCUGUUGCUAGCCGAAUAACAGCCACUCUUGAUGCCGAGUAUGUCUCUGCCAGCCACGAGUUGUUUGAACACAGUAUUCAGACAUUACAAGUACCUCGUCAAGGCAUGUUUCUAGAUGACACCUCGAGUGACGGAACCAACAGUAUCACUCAGUCUGAUAUUGGCGAAGUGGUUGAAAUGAUAUCCUUUUUGCCCAAAUACCCAAGCCCCACCAUAGGCCAUUGCUCCACCAUCAUGGACCAGUUAGAGGCUUCAUUGAAUGCAUUGGAUCGUGGUUUUGAUGAUUCCCUAUAUAGCUCUGUUGCUUCUCGCUAUCGUCGCAGAAACAGUAUGGGUGCAUCCACCAUGAAUCGCAACAACUACAAUUUUAACAGUACAGGCGCUUUUGGUCAUUCGCUGCAUCAGCCUCAUGUCCGUAACAGAUGGCUUACCACCUCUAGUUCUGGUAGUUCUGCAGACUCUAUUUCUGACAGGUCUGACAGAUCAAGUUGGUCUAUAUCGCUGUCUAACCAAUCAAUCUGCUCUGGAGUGGACAUUCCUAUUGCAUCUCAGUCGCGUCGUUUCUCGCUUUCGGUUCUUCCCUUGCCUAUGCCAUACCAAUCACCUGCUGGAGCUCGCUACGGAAGCAAUGCUCGUGCAAGCCUGAAUUCAGAGAUUUUGACGAAAUGA